GUGCAUCAGAGCUGUUCUGAUAGAUGUUCUCUCUUCCGUGCCGUGAUGAACUUCUUCUCCGUGGUUGUGGCUAUCGCACUCUUCGGGACGUUGUUUAUGGUCCAUGUUGGCCUUCAUAGGAAAAACAUCUGUCAUAUGACCUAUAUGUGGCGUUUUAUCAACUUGGUGGUAAGUGCUUUAUGUGCAGCUCUCGAAAAAGUCAAGAAAUGCAAGUUCAUUUGUCACAGCCAGUUGAAUCAACUGGGUUUCAGGUCCAUUUCCCCGAACGACAUCCCUGUGUUGUUUGUGCCCGGAAGUGGUGGAUCGGCAAAACAGGUGCGUUCGGUGGCUUCUAUAUUGAUGAACAAAACCGAGAUGACAUCGGCACCGUUUCGAAUGCAUUUCUAUGCCGCUGACUUCGAUGAGGAGCUUUCGUUUCUUAGUGGUGCAGUCUUAUAUCGGCAACGGGACUUCGUAAUGAAAGCGAUGUCAGUGCUACAUAAAAUGUAUUCUCGUAAGAUUGUUUUGAUUGGCCAUUCAUUUGGCGGAACUGUUCUUUAUGCGCUGCCUGCUCAUGUUGAUUUCGAUCUGAUGGUUACUUUCUACGAAUCGAUGAAAGAAGCUUGGCAGUCUCGUCGUGGGGCUUUACGUCACGUUGUCGUGGUGUCUUAUAGUGGUGGUUCGAAGGACUUUCAAGUACCCGAUCUUUGUGAUUGGUGGUUUACUGUUUAUGCUUAUGAAAUCUUGCGUAACCACGUUGUCCAUAUUCCUUCAUGGUCGAUACCUGGAGUAGACACUUCAGUGGAUCACUUGUGUAUAUUAUGGUGUAAUCAGUUGAUAAGGUAUGGUAUGUUUAUCUUAUGUAAAACAUUUUUUUUUACAUGA